AUGUCCCGCUGCAGGGAAAAGGUCGGCUCCAGAUCUGUCCAUCCAAUAGGGUUACGCGCAAAUCAUUACUGUUGCAAGGCGAAAUGGUUCCCCGGCUUCCCCCGCUCCUCCUGGUCGCCCCUGGUUGGCGACGCCCUGCGACGCCGACGCCCUCGUAAAGGUCGCGGGCGAGCGGACGUGGAAAUGGAGAAAGCGUCGAGGGAUCGAUGCGGAGGUGACGGGACGGUGGGAAGGGGCGGCAGCUAUGGAUGUGGUGAUGUCGACCGCAGUGAGGUGGAGAGGGAGGUGACGGGGCGGUGGGAAGGGGCGGCAGCUAUGGAUGUGGUGAUGGUGAUGCAGGACGGAUGUGAGUCGACUGCAGUGAAAAUGAAAACGGCUUCCCACUUCCCAGAAGGGCAUAAUAAUUACGCCGCCCCUCCGCAGCGCCUGCCCGCCUCGGCUGGCCCCCAGGUGGCGGAGCUUAAACGACGCGAGCGGCGAACGAUGAAGACUCGCGGGGAUCAACCGUAG